CUAUUUUUUCACUUGACGGAAUGUGUUUUUUACUUAAAUAGUGGCUGAAAAAAAACUGAAUACAAAUAAACGUUGAAUAGAUAUUGACGCAUGUUCGAGAUGGGGAAAAGGAGUGUGUUAUGGAAGCACUUUGUCGCUAAAGACAAGAACACUUCUAUGUGUCGUUAUUGUGAUAAAGAGAUAAAAAGUUCGGAAAACACGUCAAACAUGCGAAACCACAUGCAGGUUUCCCAUUUUUCUAUUUGGAAUGAAGAAGAGACUAAUUCUGCCAAUAAGCUUAAAGAAAAAAUAAAAAUUACACCAGAGAACACAGCCAGUACUUCAUCUCAAAAGGAUUCUUACGCCUCACCUGCCGAAGUCCCGUCUACUCCAUCUCAAACUCAAAACAUCCCAGCUACUGCAUCUCAGAAGGACGAUUUUUUUAAGAAAUCUAAAGAAAAUAUACAAGAGAGUUUUAGCAGCAUCUCGUCUUUCAAAGAAGGCGGCGAAACAACACUCGCAAGAAUCAACCAAAGAUAUGGAAUUUAAAACCAAAGCAACAAAUUCCAACGGUUGUGUUGCAGGAGUUUACAAAUAAAAAUGCAACACUUAGCAAUGUAU